AUGUCACCGGAUAUCUCGGGUGAGGCUGGCUCAACUUCGUCUAGGCCAACUCCCCUUGAACGCAAGAGCACUCGGUUGCUGGGAAGGCUGAGACAGCACAAAAACGCCCCGGGUUCAGAUGAAAAUGCCCCCGCUCCAGAGAAAAAGCGCGGACUUUUGAAGAAAUCCGCUACACUUCUUCAUCUGAGGCAUGAAACGGAAAAAGAGCCUGAGAAGCCUCCACCAAGGCGGAUCAGCCAGGACGGCCAUACUGCAUUGCCGCGCGUGAUACCGACCCCCAAAGCGAACGGAAAGGUGCCUACACGAAUUGGCGAGACCAAGAACCACUCGGAUCCUAGUUCUGCCACAAGACCGCCCACCCUUUCGAAAAGAGCCAAUACCACGCUUGGACACUCUCUGAAGACUCCAGACUCAGCUCUAAUGGGCUCCUCUGGAUCUGCGAUUGCUGCCCCAAGACAAGUCGGAUUACCCCCAGUGCCCACAUUGGAGCAGAUGGCCCAGGCGUCCAAGCCGAAAAAAGUGGAGUACAACCCGUAUGGCUUGAACAACCGGGCAAGGGCCCCCACCAUCAUGGACCCUACGGACGACGAGACGAAUCUGCUGCCAUUUCCAUGCGAAGACCCCAACGAUUAUUUACCACAGACUUUUCAGCAGGAAAACCAGAAUUUGCUGGAGCAAUAUCAAUUGCCGGAUAAGGACGAAACCAUUGGAAUAGGGGCCUCGGCUAGUGUCAAGAGGGUGCAGAGUUUGACCUCGCCGUCGCAGAUGUACGCACUUAAAAAGUUCACACUUUUCAAAAACGAAAAGCCCAAGGAGUUCUACGAAAGAGCCGCAAAGGAAUAUAUCAUCACGAAGAACUUGUGGCAUGGACUGCACGUGGUGAAAUGUCAUGCUCUGGUCAAGAUCCCUGGUCAGUUUGGCAUGACCCGUGGCUGGGGUUUUAUUCUCGAAUUGUGCAAAACUGACCUGUUUGCACUGAUAAAGAGACCUGGGUGGAAAAGCGUGCCGAUUUCUGAGAGAUUGUGCCUUUUCAAGCAGCUUGCGUACGGUAUCAAGUUCAUGCACGAGUGUGAUAUCGUCCACAGGGACAUCAAACCGGAAAAUCUGCUGCUCACAGCUGACGGAAUUCUCAAGAUCACCGACUUUGGUGUCUCAGACUACGGUCACGAACUGCCGGGCGAUUUUUCAAGCCCGCUGAAACGGUCUGCAGCCUUGGUGGGCACUCCACCAUACUCUCCACCAGAGGUUUCUCUUCUAAAAGAGUUCAGCCACUCUAAAAGACCACCUUACGAUCCUUUCAAAAUGGACAUGUGGGCUCUGGGAAUGAUGCUUUUCUGUAUAGUAUACCAGGCCACCCCAUUUCCAGAGUCCAGCAAGGCGUUCGCCGCAUACCGUGACUACGAGGCCGGCUACAAGAACUACUGUUCCUCGCACCCAGCCUUCCGCAAAGGAGACGUCACCAAGGGUCCAGGUUCUGAGUACAGAUUUGCAAAAGAAUUCGGUUCCUCAGGGGCUUCUCGGGUAGCAUGGCGACUUUGUGAUCCGGCCGCCCAAACCCGCUACACCAUGGUGGACCUCUUCAAAGAUCCUUGGUUCCAGGCGCUGGAAACGUGCGUUGACGAAAACCAAUACGAGUGUAACUUUUGUUACCAUGACGAUUCUCACAUAUAUCAUUACGAGCACGCAUACGGGUCUGCCGACGAGAAGGUGAUCGGAAAUGGCAGCCGUGUGCGCUCUGGUUCGAACCUCAGCACCAACGGAAAGCGCGUUCCCAACUCGCGUAAUUCGUCAACUUCCUCGAUGCAGAAGACUCCUGUGAAGGUGAAAUCGAUGCUGGGAAUGGUGGGGUCCGAUCUGCCAAGCCACGGUGAGCUGGUAAAGAAAGAACCUUUUCAGACUAGUGCCACUGCUUUGGACCGUAUCACCGCUGCUGGCGAAUCCAAGGCUGCUCUGGAGGCUUUAGCCGAGAAAUCUGAAUGUGGAGCUGAUCGGACUCCGGUUGAGGUACCUAUACCGGAAUCUGUGGCCGCAAAAGACGAGUUCCACGAUGCCCGGGAAGUUCUGGAUGGAGUUGCUGCCAUGGAUUUGUCGUCUUCCAGAACGCCGACCCCGCCAUCUACCAGGUUAUCCGUCGAUCCACCUGAAAUGAGCCGGAUCGGCUCGGAAGUCUCUCUCAACACUCUCACUACCCACCAAGGGGUUGUGCAAAUCAAGCACGUCCAGCAAGACCUCGAGAAAGACGGCUUCAUCAUCCCCAUCGACCUGUGCCAUAAGGCUGGCGAGUGCCGGCUCAAACAGCAUCACCACCUAGAUGUGGGCAAGGCCAGUUUGUCGUAUGGUGCCAUACACUGA